CUGAGAAAAGCAGAGCGGAGGACAACGCUUAUCUCACAACUCUACUGCAGAACUGCGCUCAUUGGAGGGCGGUUCCCGCUCGCUCCAGGAUGCUCGUUGCCGCUGCACAGCCGCCUCGACCCACCUCCCAGCUUCGCCGUCGCCGGCGAGACCCGUCGCGGCCACCGAAGGCGCUCGCCUCCAUACUGCGCUCGCGCGUCAUCGCCUGCCUCCGCGCGCAAGACAGUGACAUGGCAUUGCAGGCGGCCCACGCGGCCGUGCGCGGCGGCGUAUCUGUGCUAGAAAUUGUGAUGUCCACUCCUGGAGUGCUGGAGGUUGUUGAGGAUCUUCGCAGGAGUUAUCCUUCUUUGACAUUUGGCGUUGGCACGGUCCUAAGUGUUGAUGAUGCAAGGAAAGCAAUUAGAGCCGGUGCACAGUUUCUCAUGAGUCCUGGUACAGUCAUGGAAAUACUUCAUGAACUUGAAGAAAGUGAGGUUCUGUAUAUUCCAGGAGUGUUGACGCCAACUGAAAUUAUAUCUGCUUGCAGUGCUGGUGCUAAAAUCGUUAAGGUGUACCCAGUUUCAGUGAUGGGUGGAGAGAUGUACAUGUCUGCUCUAAAGAAACCAUUUCCUGUUCUACCAAUGGUUGCUUCUCAAGGAAUUACCAUCGAUUCAAUCAAGUCGCACAUGGAGGCAGGGGCGUCUGCAGUGGUGUUAUCGGAUGCUAUUUUCAACAAAGAGUUGAUGGGAGAAAGGAAAUUCGUUGAAAUUUCAGAACUUGCAAAUCGGGCCACUUUACAGGCAUUGCAAUCUGGAAAAUGACGUACAACCAAAAACCAUUUUGCAAGCAUUGCAAUCCAGAAAAUGGGGUACACAGUACGCAGUCUGAUAUUUCAACGAUUGGGAUUCAACAUGUCCUCCACUCAUAUUCUAUGCUCUAUAAGAAUAGGCAGGCAGCCGCUGAAGUUUGAUCUGCGUGCAACAACAAAAAUCAAGGAUGGUACCAUUUUGUUAGGAAGGGUGGUUUAAUCUGCCUGCUGGAAGUACAAGUAUUGUCACUACUACAGAAAUGGUUAUCAUUAACGGUCGAAAAAUCAUAUCAGUAACGGUCGGGGCCGCCGUUUAUAA